AUUGACAUGGCCAGGCACUCCCGUGGCGCCAAGGCCGCCUCGCCGUCGAAGAUGUCCGAGAAGCCCAAGCAAAAAGGCAAGGGAGGAUCGUUGUCCAAGCGAGCUUCAGCUCAUGGAACCAAGUCGCGCGGCAAUAGGACUCUUCCGUUUCCAGAGGAAGUGUUGCCAUUGAUCUACCCGUUCCUAACAUGGCGGGACACUUAUCGUGUGCGAGGAGUCUCGCGAUCAUGGCAAACGGCCUAUCGUGCAUCCCUAGAACAUGCUUCCCUGGUGUGGACUUCACAAGUAUUUCAAGGCGAAUCAUGGGAUGAAAUCCUUGGCAAGUUGCAAGCGCACGAACAAGUCUUCGAGACGCCAACACUGCCCCACUUGGCGUGGGUGAUUGCCUCUGGCCAACCGCAUUCGUUUCGGCGCAUGUCAGGAUGGCAAAAGCUUCUCGACGUUGUCACACAGCGGAAUUUGCUUCCUGUGACUUGCAAUGUCGUGUGCGCCUACAGCGAUGCUGGACUGAUUGGCUACAACACCAACGGGGGGGUUCCACCUACCGAACUCGAGUCGGACACGAUCGACGGAAACAUGGCGCUCGCUAUCACAGUGGGGCAUCUCCCAGGCACGUCGUUGACGCUCGCCCUUCCCGAGAAAGAUGAGAUCAAUGCAAUCUUGCGAGCAGUCCAGGCUGGCGCCGGUACGAGCGCUAGUCUUGGGCUUCCCCGCGACACGUCGUCUGUCGUUGUGCUCAGCACGAACGGCCGCCAGAGUGCCAAUCUUCUUCGAGGUCUCCACUUUCUCCAUCCAUCCCUCGAGUCAGUCGUCGGUGCGCUGGUGCAUUUCACCGACAGGUGCGUCCCACUGGUGUACCGCAAUGCGACCUACAACCCAACCAACCGCACGUGGCAAAAUCACCUUGUACAGACCACAAAUCUGCUUGUGGGGUUCUCUGGCCGCGUUCGAGCAGCUCCGUUCGUGUCUCUGGGCUUCGAAGUGUGCUCGCCCAUCCUGCAGUGUGCGGGUGUCGUCGAAGAAGAGCAUUUCCACCUGUUGCACAUGUACGACGCCGUCCAUACGGCAGAGAACCCGACGAGACCAGUCCACCCCCUCGACGUCAUGCGCCUGCCUCCGCCCCAGGGAAGUCUGCACUUGUUUGUGGCCGAUUCAGCAGCUACGCUGGAAUCUUUCGUGGUCGCGCCCAGCCCGACAUACUCCGAAAAUGCAGCAGGACUCACGUGCAUCGAGUGCAUGUACGACAUCGACAAACACAUUUUAUUCUCGCAGUCGUCCGGAGAUCUGACGAUUGUCGAUUACUGGCCCGUCGGCGCAUACGGCGUGUUUUGCACCCAAACAGCGGCAGCAGCGCGACAUGACUUUAUCGCUUCGCUGAAGCAGGUACAGGACAAGGUCGCUGCGGAAGGAGGUCAAGCCAUCGGGGCACUAACAUUCCCGUGUGCCGCCCGCGGCGCUGUGUUUUACGACGUGCCAAACGCCGAGGGCGACUUGUUUCAUGCUGAGUUUCCAAGCCUUCCUCUGACAGGGGUGUUUGCCGGCGGGGAGAUCGGCCCGAUGGCACUUCCGGGGGGCACAUGCGCCGCUGCGUCGACCCAAUUGCAGCAGUUUACGACCUGUGGCGCGGUUUUCUACUCGACAUAAGAUGGAAGGGAUGCUGGGAAAGGUUGGCUAUCUCGUUGUGCAAGUUGUUGCUAGCCAGCCAUUGCAUCAUCGUUCGGCCGACCCCUUGCGCCAUGGAGAUGAUGGUUCGAAAUGGGUCUGGUCUUCACUAGGAUAAGCAUCCACAAGGAAAUGACCGACACAGUCGGCACGAAUGAAGGACGAAUGGAAUCUAAGUGGGUUCUUGGGGUAUGGAAAAAAUGGUCAAGUCCUACGCCUUGGUCUGUUGGUUGCCAACUUCGACAGAGGCCGUGACCAAGUCCCGCAGGAUGUCGCAGAGGCGCUUGUGGUUGAAGACGCGUUUUUCAUACCGGUCUUCCGUCAACUUGACGUGUUUUUUGUUUUUGUUGUAGCGGGGGCCGCACAGUUGAAUAAAAAUCUCCUUUUGCGCGUCGGACAACGAGAGCGCGCUUAGCGGCACUUCCAUCGUCACCUUGGUAUCGUACGUGGUCUGGUCAUCCAAAAAGAGUUUGUUGUCAAAGUCUUCAAGGGUCACGUUCAUUUGCAUGGCGAUCUUCGACCCGUCCAGCAACGGGUGGAUCGUGGAUUCCCAUGAAUGGUCCAUGAACGGGACGAGGUCCUCAAACACUUGAAGCAUCUCCACAUCGUGCUUCAUGUCGUCCGUGAAUCCUUCGGGGAAAUCCGUGUUCCACCAGCUAGGGUUUUCAAAGUUCUCUUGGAUUUCAGGCAAGUCGUUGCCUUCCCACGUGUCGAACGCAGUGUGGAAAACGCGUUCGACAUCGCCUUCCAAUGGAUCAAAGUUGUCACCGCCGUCGUCAUUCUUCUUUCUCUGAGUGGAGAAACUGCGCAUCGCAUGAAGAGAAGAAGGAGCGACCACCUUCGUCACGGUGAACUUCUGGGUCGCAUGACGGCCAACUCGUUGGAGCGCGGCGCGGAAGGCCAUUAUGCAAUGCCAAAACGCAAAUUGACA